AUGUCCUACCACCAAAACCAGCAGCAGUGCCAGCCCCCUCCCAAGUGCACAUCCAAAUGCACACCCAAGUGCCCUCCAAAGUGCCCACCCCAGUGUCCAGCUCCAUGUCCGCCUCCAGUCUCUUCCUGCUGUGGCUCCAGCUCUGGGGGCUGCAGUGGCUCCAGCUCUGGGGGUGGCAGCUGCUGCCUGAGCCACCACAGGCCCCGUCUCUUCCACCGACACAGGCACCAGAGCCCCGACUGCUGUGAGUGUGAGCCUUCGGGUGGCUCUGGCAGCUGCCAUGGCUCUGGGGGCUGCUGCUGA